AUGCAGAUAAAUAAUCUAUUGUGGUGUAUAUUAUUUGGUAAAUCUGUGACUCUCUGGCUAACUGAACACACACAGGAGUUUCAGGCUCGUCAGCCGGACAGAAAGAGGGAAAACGAGCAGAAAUCUGCGGGCAGCAGCGACAGCCAAUCAGAAGCCAGCAGCAGCAGAGCGGAUGAAGCAUCCGCUGCAGUCGAUCCGGGGAGUCAGGAGUCUUCAGAGCAGCCCGAUGAACCAGCGGCCAAGAAACACAAAACACAAGAGUCAGAAGAACCUGUGGAGACCGAAUCGGCUCAAAGCGAUGAAUAUAAGAGCCCGGAUCCUGCAGAGCUCACUCUGCAGGAGGACGAGCCGCUGGCCGCUGAAGCAGACGAACCAAGUCAAGCGGCCGAGCAGGUUGAAAGCAUUGAAGCUCUAGAUGAAGGCAUCAGAGAGGGUCCAGACGCCGCCGCCGCCGCUGGCUCUGAUUCGGUCUCGGAGAUCAAGGAGACCGCAGACACUCCUGAGGAGCUCGGAGACGCAGCGGCAGAGACCUCCAACAAGUUCUUCUGCUAUAUUUGCAACAUCACUUGCCAUAACCAGCAAAGUUUCCAGAGUCAUAUGAACGGACUGACGCACCAGCAGAAGAUGAUGGAGAUCCAGCACAUGAGCAACGCGUGUCUCGUCACGCUGCUGCCGCGAGUCCAGGAGUCCCUGCAAGGAGCUCGCAGAGACGGUGAGAAGAGGCCGGGUCUGCAGAGAUGGUGCUCCACCUGCCAGACGCACUUCACCACCAACGUCAUGGAGCAUCGCAGAACCAAGGAGCACAAGCGCUGCAGUCGCUCGUCCAGCUCGAGCUGCACCGUCUGUAAGCUGCACUUCCGGACCCCAAGAGAGUUCGUGGAGCACAUGCAGUCUCCGGAGCACAAGCGGCGCGUCCAGCAGCUGUGGAAGGCGUCGGGUGAAGCUGGUGUGGAUCAGCUCAACGCUGACAUGUUUCUGGGUGAAGAGGACGGCGAAUGCAGCGACGACGAGAGAGAGGAAGAGGAGAACGGGAAGGAGGGUGUGGCUGCGCAGAUGGAGGUCACACUGGAGGAUCUGAGCGAAGACGAGGAGUUCGACUCUGACACUGUGUACGGUGGCUCUCGUUUCUUCAUACGUUAUAAAGCCUUAAAGACACACGAAGAGUCCGGCUCAACCUCAGGAGACGCAGCAGACCACAUGAGUCCAGACCCAGCCCCGCAGACCCUACAGUCCUGCAGCAGACAGGAAGUGGAGACGCUCGCACAGGAAGAAGCCGUCGCCAGAGAGCCGGAGGACGAGGGGAAGUCUGUCGGGGGCCGGGGCCGGACUCCUGCUAAGAGACGAGGACGAGGAGGAAGACGACGCUGA